GACUGGGUGACCCCGUCUAACUGCAACACAUUGAGACACACUUCUCUGGGCCCCAGCACGCUGUCAUCUGCCGGAUAUUUCUCCUGCAUUGGUGUGUGGUGAAUAGUAGCACCCCCAAGCACCAUGACAGAUGGCUGUGCCUCAUGCUGCCUGGCUGUGGAGCUCUUAUCUGUCUUCCACUGACAAUCCAUCCCAGAUACAACUAUGUGUCAGUCGGCGGUGCCAGCAACCAGACAGGGCCUGAACAGUCCAGACCUGCUAGUGAGAGAGGCUUUUCUGAUGGCUCAUGACUACAUAGACUAUGUAACCACAGGGGGGGCAGAUGGCACCAUGGGUCCUGCCCCCACAUCCUGCACCAGAGCGCUACGCCACGCUGGAGACGAGCUGCUCACCCGCUUCCCCAUCUUCUUCAGACGCUGGCCUCGAGUCUUCCAGGACGUGACGGUGAACACGGCCUGCCCCACGCUCCUGAGCAUCCUGGACGAGCACUUCUUUGCCCCGGUCCCUGGGGGGAGGCGCAGGGAGCUGGCCUGGAGCGCAGUGCUGUCAGUGUAUGUGCUGGCUGGCCAGAUGGCUCUACACUGCCAUGAAAGGGGAAUGGUGGUGGUACUGCCUCAGCUGAAGGAGUGUGUGGGGGCCUAUGUGGAGAGAGUCAUCUGCCCUGAGAUACGAAAUAGCGGAGGAUGGAGCGGUUUUGUCUCACGCUUUGGAGAGAAGCAGGGCUUGGAGGGCCAGGUGAAGAGAGGGUGCUGCUGGACUCUGCUGGCGUUGGCCCUCAGCAUCUUCACCUACUUCCUGUGGAAGAGAAUGACUUAGCCAGCACUGCCACCUAGUGACCUUUGCUAUUAACUGCAGGAGUGAGCUGCCUGCCAUAUGAAAGUCCCUUCAUUUCUUCUUAAAAAACUGUAUAAAACGUAUCGAUCAGUAAUUAACAGAGGUGGGAAGUACAUUUACUCAAGUACUGUACAAUAUUUAGAUAAUUGAACUUUCCUUUAUUCUACUACACUUUAAAGGUAAAUUGCGUACUUUUACUCCGAUAAUAUAAAGAUAAAAAGACAAGAUAUACUUUAUUAAUCCCAAUUUGGAGAAUGUUUUGUCACAGCAGCAUGUAAACAAGGCAUUGCACACCAUGUGAAGAUGAAGAGUAAAAAAUAAACAGAUAUAAGCCUAAAGUUUAAACAUCUCAAAACAGAAAAAAAAAACAACUUUAACUUUACAGUAAAUAUAUGCAUAAUGACAGUGGAGGAUGUAUAUCAGAAGACUGUCAAAUAUAAACGAUGAGGGGCCAGUUACAGCUCCCAAAAUAUGAGUAUGAUAUUUAUUAACAUGGAGUGUGCAAGAAAUUGCAUAUUAAAUAAAAUAUCAAUGUACAAUGUGAAUACAGUAUAUACAGAUGGACAACUUGUAAUUUCUGAAUGUAAACAUGUCCAGUUAUCAAAGCAACUUAGGAAACUAUGGAGCUGGGAGUUCUCUGCCAGAGGUGAUGUGUUCUUCAGAUAUUGUACCACUCUGUGGGACCGCGGCGCUGCAGCAGUCUGUGGUUCUGUAUUUAUUUAAUCCCUGUAGUUCCUUUACAGAUCUGAAUUAAUGAUGGUAAAUAUGAUCAGCCCUUAAAUCAGACUUAAGUUCACCUGGAGUAAAUCCAGCAGCUACCCUGCAGUAUACAAAGCCAUUCAAACUAGCUGCACCUUUACCAGCUCUGAGAACACUUUAAUGAUCAAUAAUUAUAAAACAUAUCAGAGAUAUUAUUCUGAAAUGGACCAAUCAAACAAUGACUACUUUUACUGUCGCUACUUUAAGUACAUUUAGAUGAGAGUACUUUCUACUUUCACUGGAGGAACAUUUUGAAUACUUUUACUGUGACAGAGUAUUCCUACACUCUGGUACUUCUACUUUUACUCAAGUACAAGAUCUGAGUACUUCUACGUUUACUCAAGUACAAGAUCUGAGUACUUCUACUUUACUCAAGUACAAGAUCUGAGUACUUCUACUUUACUCAAGUACAAGAUCUGAGUACUUCUACGUUUACUCAAGUACAAGAUCUGAGUACUUCUACUUUACUCAAGUACAAGAUCUGAGUACUUCUACUUUACUCAAGUACAAGAUCUGAGUACUUCUACUUUACUCAAGUACAAGAUCUGAGUACUUCUACGUUUACUCAAGUACAAGAUCUGAGUACUUCUACUUUUACUCAAGUACAAGAUCUGAGUACUUCUACUUUUACUCAAGUACAAGAUCUGAGUACUUCUACUUUUACUCAAGUACAAGACCUGAGUACUUCUACUUUUACUGAAGUACAAGAUCUGAGUACUCCUCCCACCUCUGGUAAUUAACCUAUAGAAAUCAGUAUAAUUCACAUGACUCCUCCAGGAGAUACAGUAUACAGUUCUGUUAUGUAGAGCAUCCAAGCCUUUGGAAUAGCCACUGGGAACCAUGUUUAUACUGCAGCAUGUGAUCUGGAAUUCCUUUCUUUAAACAGAGGAAACUGUAUGUGCUGCUGGUUUAUUUUCUUUAUAAAAAAUGCAUGUGUUAA